AGUCCAGAACCAGAGACAAAGAGCAGAACCUCCAGGACCCAGCUGUCUGUCUAUGAAGAGUGACUGGUCCAAAGAUGAGUUUAUUAACUUCAGUAAUGAACCUGGAGCCUCAGACACAAAUAUGCUAAGUCUCAGACUGUCACAAACCGGCUCAGAUGAAUGUGACACAGAGGGAGGACACAUAGAUUCAAGGGUUCAAUGUAGUAUUUAAUUAAAGGUAAUUAAAAGAUGUGUAAUUAAAGAUGUGUAGGUGAGUAGAUUAGUGUGUAUGCAGUGCUUGGAUGCCAGUGAAGUAUAAAUGAGUGCCUGGGAGGCAGCAAGAGGCACAUGGUGUGUGCAGCAGGCAAGAUAGAAUAGAAUGCCUUUAUUAGUCCCACUAACAUUAACAUUAAGAUACGAGGAGAGAGAGUAAGGAGAGGACUGCAGAGCCUUUAAUACAGCUCCACCCUCCAGCACAGAUGUGCUGCAUUGAUGCCAACACAGCUCCACCCCUUUGUCCCUGCAAAACAAUGCAUAAAGAUGUGUAGGUGAGUAGAUCAGUGUGUAUGCAGUGUUUGGAUGUGUUGGGGGACCUCAUCUGUAUAAUCUGUUAUUAACAGAAUUAUUAUUAAGGUCCCACAUGCUCAGACAAAGGAAAUACUGCGGCCUGCAUGUAAAGUCCUCAUCCUGAUAGUAGUGAGUGAGAACAAAGAGAUUUCAAAUCUCAGCGCCAAAACCAGGCGCCAGGCUGGGGACCCAUACCUGGCUCCCCCGCUGACAUCCAACUCCCGCUGACAUCCAACUCCCGCUGACACAAGCGACAAACGGAGGAGAAACUUGGACGUCAGCCAUCCUGAUUGGACCAAACAAUAGGACGGGCGUGACCAAAAACACGGUUAUAAAAGUCGCCGUGACCGAAGACUCGUCCCUUGUUCUCUCCCUUCGUCUCUUCGAUCUCCCCUUCCCUUGUUCUUUCCGACCCUGUCCCGUUUCCCCUUGUUCUCUUCGACCCUCUCGCUGCCCCACCUGGAGCCUCCCUCUGCACCAGCACGCCUGAAGCCUCCACCGCAGCCAGCAGCUGAACCAACGGGGACGUCGUCACAGAGAACGGGCCUGAUCACCCAUCUACUUCCAGCCACACGGCAGGAAACCGCCAGCGUAACCGCCUCACUCGCCGCCGCAUCAGCUGAUCGCGACGCGAUCACCGCGACGCACACCUGGACCGGACCGGACCGCAACAGCGCAAGCACGCACGCACGCACGCUCGCAACGCCGGAUCGUCUCACCAGGAUUGAGCAGUAAGGCAGAGGCAUUCUUAAGUCUGAGCAGAGUAGAACUUUUAGGGGAUCAGUAAUUGUUUUGUUGUUGUGUUUUCUUUUCCUGAACACGCGAUCUGAUCACUGUGUAUUUCCGCUAUCACGUGACUGUAACGCUGUUACCGAUCUACGUGAAUCUAAGAGGUGCACAUUGAAGUGUUGUAACCUGUGAUUUCGCUAGCUUAAGUGCUUCAGUGUGUUACUGUGUAGUGCUCUGUUUCGGCUGCGACCACGCCAAGCGCACGUUUCAACCACCGCACGCUUCCGCGAUCACGUGACUAUAUCGCAGGAUAUAGUCCCACGUGUUUGUGUGACCACAAGCCUUAUCCACGCUAGUCCCACUUCACACUCCUUUACACGCUUCUUUCCCUGUGAGCGCCAGACACGCGCGCGCUCCAUUCAAAGGGCUCGCCGGCACACGCGCGCAGCUGUGCCACCUCACCACGCCCCUAAAGGGGGGCGCUCUCCUCCUCCUCCUCUUCUCUCUUUCUCUCUCUCUCUCUCUCUCUCACACACGCACAUACACACACACACACACAUACACACACACACACACCCCUCUUAUCUCAGGUAACGCGCAUACACAUACAGAACGCCAGACGAACACACCAUAAGAUUAAGUUGUGAUUUGCUGAGUUAUUCAAGAUAGUGUUGACACUAGAGUUAAUAUUAACUGUUUAAUAAAGCGUUCAUAAUUUAAUUGGUCGUUUUCUGUGAUUAUUUGUACAUGGUUUUGCAGCACUAGUGAAUUGAGUCGGCUAUGGUACGGAGUUCACCCUUCAACUAACUUAAAUACAAAUGAGACUGUAUUGGCUAUUUCCAAAUCGGUUAUUGGUCCCUGGAAACAGGGUGGUGCCCCGUAAACUAAGUAAUUAUUAAUUCAAUUAAUAAUUAUUAAAUCAAUAAUAGUAAGUGCUUCACUUACCAAACUAUAGACAUUCGUCAUAUAGUUAUAUAUAUUUAAGCUAAUAACCAAGAUUUGUAAAUCUAAAUUAUAAACAUAAUUGGUAUCUCCAAUCAGGAGCUAUAAAUCCAAUUAUUAUAAUUUGUGCUCCUCGCAUAUCCCCAACAUAAUUGGUGCCCCGUGUGAGGCCGACAAAGAUUAUUCACCGUGCUGUAAAUCUGUACAAAUAAUCUACUGGUGGAUGCAAGAAUCCAUAACUGUGUGUGGCAGAAACCAAGGUGCCCUUUGCUUUAACACUAGUUACUGAGAACUGCAGUAGGAAGAGUGGGCCUAGAAGCUUAGCUUCCACUUUAAGCAUUAAGAGGCCAAGUGUAGCUUUAGCACAGGCUGCCAAACCACCAGUGGUACUAGUGUUAGCCUAGCUACUAUCUUAGCUAUUAACUCAGGGUUAGCUGCCAUCAGUGUUACCAAGCUGUGCUUUGUUAGCUUAGCAUUAGCUUAGCAAAGAGCUACCAAAUGUCAGCUUGUGUGUGUGCAUGUUAGCAUGCUACCAUUAGCAUAGCAACCCCAGAGAUUGAGAAUAAGUUGUGCCAAGCCGUCACUGAAACCAAAGUGAGUAGGCUUAGUAUCUUUUCAGUUAGCAACGGGAGCCAAGCUUGGUUUUCAGCAAGACAAACCCAGGCAAGCCUCCACAGCUAGCACAUAACAAACAUUCAAGUAAGCCACAGGUUGAAGUGUCACCUGUGCACCACUACUUUAGCUGUAGUUGUAAAUCACAUUGCUCCUCAGAACCAGAAUGGGCAACGUGAAUCUUUGGAGAUCUGGUGCUGAACGUUUCCCCAAGCAGGGAAACCUAGACUUUCAAGGAGUUGUUGCAAAGAUCUUAGAUGUGUCAGUAACAGAAUUAGAAGAACUCAAUAGUUAUACUAUUGAUGAAUGCGAAGCUGAAUUGCAGAGGUUUUUAUCUUACAUGGCCAAGCCCUCAACGGAAACUCACCUGGCCCAAGAGGUAAUGGGUGAGUUGGCUCUACUCUGCCACCGCAAGGUGCAGCUGAAGGCUGCAGAGUACGAAAAGAAGCUCUUCCUUGUGUGCAGUGGCUACAAAGCUGAGCAGGAGACUGUUUCCCACCUUAAGCAAAGUCUCUGGGUAACGAAACAAGAGCUGGAGCAGCUCCGGGAAGAUAAGGAGAGAUUGCAGCAGGACCAUGACGCCCUACAAUCUAGUCUCCUAGUGGCCCAUCAAGAGGUUGAGAAAGCCAGGAGGAAGAGCCAGAGUGAUCAGGUAGACACGGCAGCCAGUCCAAGGAGACCAGAGCUGACCAAGUCAGGCGUAGAUGGUGAGAGUAGGCUAGCUCCCAGGAAGGCUGAGCAGCCCCCGCCUCUUGACAGCCAAACAAACCGAUCACAUGCAAAGCUGCAGAUGCCCCAAGCAGGCGCAGCGGCUCUCGCCCAGAGGCUAGGGACCCCCCAGCCACCUCCUUACGAGCACCAGCUCAGUACAGCUACUUGUGUUACCAGUGAGAUAGCCAAAGGCAAAGGUUUUCAGACCACUACAGUGGCUGAGUACAGGAACAUUAGCACUCCAGUGCACAGGAAAGCAUCCAGAGCAAACUUGUUUUACUCCCCCUCAUGCACUGAGGACAGGAAUGCCCCCACUCUGAGGAGGGAAAACUCACCUGAGAACCAGAGUGACAGUGGCAGAUUAAGCCCCCUGUUGGAGGAGAAAGCACCUCGUCUCAAACGCAGGAAGCAGCGUCGGGUUCACCCACGUUACAGCGACCAGUGGGACGACACAGGCUCAAGUGACUCUGAUAGUGCUUAUCCUUCCCCAAACUUAGGUUUGCGCCUACGCCAGCUUGAAUCCCUAGCCAAGGACAUUGAGUGCUUUGACCCCAAGAGCCAUGAUUCUACCAUAGACGACUACUUGCAGGAAGUCGAUCGUUGCUUAUUGGACCUCCCUCAUGCAACAGCUCGCGAGAAACUAAAGCUAAUCUGGAAGACUACACCCAGGAGUGUCCAUGUCUUCAUGGAAACACUCAAGCCUGCCAUUCGGGAUCAAUACUCUUCACUCUGUCGAGCUUUAAGAGAAGAAUAUGCCCCAUAUUCUGACCCGGCAGCAACUAUCUUUGAAGCGUUCAAUGUCUUACACAAAAGAAAUGAACCUCCCAAAGAAUAUUACAGACGCCUCAGAAAGGCCUACUUCCAAGGACGGAAUACACCAGGUCUAGAAGAAGACAGUACGUUCCAGUCCUUAUUCCUGCAUAAUCUCCAUGACAGCAUCCAAUUUGAUGUCGCCAUGCACUGUAAGACAGGCAGGAGCACGAUGCAGGGAGUUGUGAGAUAUGCCCAGCUGGUAUGGGAAACGCGUGUACGCCCCAUUAGGAGACCUGUAGCAGACACCAGAGUUUUUAGCAUCCAGACCCAUCAAAAGUCUGACUUAACACUUGAAGGCCACGAAAUGCCUCGUGCUAAGAGAAGCAGACGAGGGCAAAGGAAGACUCAAAACCGCAGGUCACGUCGCCAGCAGUUUGACACAGUCAAUCAGGAAGAUGAGCCUCUUCAAUACUGUAAUUCAAGGCCAAAACAACCUCGUUCCCACCAACGAGGGGGAAGAGGUCGGUUCAGACAGAACUUGAACCGUAGGUACAAGGACCACAGUCCAGUUCACCGGUCACGGGAAGACUCAGAGGUGGACAUUGUAAGUCUGGUACGGAGAUGCGUGGAGGAAGCCCUAAAAGAACUUGACAGGCCUAACAGUUCGGCUGCUCCUUCAGACCUCUCAACAGAAGCCAGACACUGACUCCCCACUAGUGGAUUAGACCAGGCAUCUUUCCCUAUUACACUAGGUACGAAAGACAUAGGUGGCCUAGACCAGGCACCAAGCCUGCGUCAAACACAUCCACAUACCAAAAGGGGGGAGCAGUCCCAGCUCCCAAAGGCGAGGGUAGACUAGUCCAUGCCACAACGUGGUAUGUAUAAAGAGAACUAGUCCGCAUCCAUGGUAGGUCCCAAAAUCUUAUCAGCAACCUGGUAGGAAUAGCUGGAUCUCUGGAUGAGCCUAAACAAUGUGUAAGCCACACAUAGUUCAUUCUUCUCCUAAAUGAUUUUGCAGCCUCCUGAGACCCUCCAGGACAAUCAGAGAAGAUAAUUCAGGUACAGGUAGCUGGGUAGGCUAAUGAAAUCUCAUCUGCAAGUUAGCUCCUCGGUCAGAGUCAGUAGCAACUUAUUGAGUUUCUGUUAAAGCCUUAUCAAGGAAAGCCUUGUGUCCACUACCACCACGGUUAUGCAUCCCUUUCAGGUACCACAACCCUGGCAGUACCAAUUGUGGUUAGAUUAACCUAGAAGCAGGUCCAUGUCUUUAUAGAUCUCAUGCAACGAGAAAAUGUACACACUGUAGUCCACACCAGACACAAACAUGUACACUUCAUAAAGACACCAACCUGGCAACGCCUUGCCAGCUAACAACUCUUUCACGAGUUGACCAGCAAACUCUAACCACACCUCUCUUCACUCAUCUAUCCCUCUCUUUUCUCGUGUUUUCUUUCACCUAAGAAAUACAUAGGAAAUGAUAUGGUUUAGGAUUGCUCAGACAUGCUAUUGCCUCUGCUCAGACAUGCUCUUGCCUCUGCUCAGACAUGCUCUUGCCUCCGCUCAGACAUGCCUCUAAAAUGCUCAGACUUGCCUCCAACUCUAGAAAACAAGGACUGUUUGGAAUAAAUGGACUGUCAAUGAACAUUGAUAAUGCCCACAGGAGAUGACAAGUAUACUGAGGACCUUAACGAACCUGUCAGAGCACAUGGACCCUUUCAACGUCUUGUUCCAAAGCGACGGCUGACACGCCAUCAUUCGGAACAAAAAGGGGGGAUGUUGGGGGACC